AUGCCCGAGAGAUGGUGGUCUGAUUCCUUCAAGAAGUCCAAUGGAUAUUUUGGUUGUGAAACGACCCGCCAAGAGAUUGUUACAGGCUUCAAUACAUGGGCAUACUUUGAGACGAAAUACACCCGAAGCAAUGUCCAUUACGAGUGGACCAAGCUAAACAUCUUCACUAGAUGGCUUUCUUCCACUAAACAAACAUUCCUGCUUCUUUUCGAUCCGACACUGCCCCUCCGGGAAUCAAUACUCCAGUCGUUGUCGAAAACAACUAUUUCUCAGUUGAAUGUUCCAUUCUGGCCUUACCCGUAUGUGCUAGAGGUAUUAAUUAGUCUUGAAGAACCCGCUGUUUGGGCUAUCCGGGACCAAGUGAGGGAGAUUGAAAAGGAGUUCAAUCCAAGCAAAGCCCCACGACCUGCAUACCGGAGACUGCACGACAUCGCCAGACACGCUAUACAUGUUAGCGAGAACCUAGACGUCUCGGUACAGAAUAUAGAGACUAUUCUGAAGCACUACGAUUUCUACAUCGUAUCUCAAGGGAGCGAUUCGUACUUUGGCGCAGACGAAGACAUCCGCAAUCAGAUCGAUUUUUUCCGAGGUUAUACCGCCAAUCUACGCUUCCGUUCAAUCUCCAACGAGAAACGACUCCAGAACGAGAUCCAGCUAGCGUUCAAUACUGUCGCGCAGGCCAAUGCGGGAACCUCGGUGGAAAUAGGCCGUGCCGCACAGAUUGACAAUUCAACCAUGAAGACGAUCGCGUUUGUCACCUUGGCCUUUCUCCCGCCUACCUUCAUCUCGUCUAUCUUCAGUAUGUCUUUCUUUCAAUGUGGGCCGGACGAUGGCUGGGGCAUGUCAGACAAGUUUUGGCUUUAUUGGGUGUUUGCCAUCCCAACAACCAUUGGUACAAUUCUAGUUUGGCAAUACUGGCAUAAGAUCCUCCCCGGUGUGCAUCAUCGCAAGCCAGUGGUGAUUCCUAUGUUCAAGGAGCAUGCAUAA